AUGUUACUGAAGCUGAAGGAGAAGGCCUGCCUGACCCUGGCCAUGGGGACACUCCGCCUCCCACCCCAGUUCACCUUCAUCCGUCCCGGGAGAAUGUGCUGGGUGGCUGGCUGGGGAAAAACAGAUGUGAAGGAACCAGCCUCCAGCACUCUGCAAGUGGUGGAGCUGAGAGUCCUGAAACCUCGGGCCUGCAGCCUCUUCCCUACUUUGGACCACAAUCUCCAGCUGUGUGUGGGCCAUCCUCAGAGCACAAAAUCUGCAUUUAAGGUGAUUCUCAGACUACAUACUUCCCCGGAGACUCAGGGGGGCCCUCUUCUGUGUGCUGGGGUGGCCCAGGGCAUUGUCUCCUAUGGGCAGUCCAAUGCAAAGCCCCCCGCUGUCUUCACCCGGAUCUCCCAUUACCGGCCCUGGAUCGAUGAGGUCCUGAACGAGAAUUAA